GCCGCGACGUCAUUGAAUUAGAGGAUCCGGAGCCCAAGAAGAAGGCUGAGCCGAAGCAAACGAAGGGCAAGAAGCGCGAAUCCGAGGGCGACCGCUUGAAGGCGUUGAUGGAGCCUGUUCUCCAGGCAGAGAGUGAUGGAAUCAAGGCUGAAGCUGACCUGAAGCGGGCGAAAUACGCACAUUCAACAACGCUUGCACAGGGCAAGAAUUUGAAGACGGCCAAGGAUGCCAGGGCCGAACUUACAGCCGCGCUCUUUGAGCUAGCGAAGCUGCAGAUGGUGCGCGAACAAAACGCCCAAGGGAGUAAUGAGAGGGUCGAGGAGAUGCGAUUGAAGCGGGCAGUUCACGAACAACGCACAAUGGAACUUCGCUACCGGAUGAGCCUGACUGGAGGACCUCCCCCCCCCCAUUUGUCCGCAUCUGGCCCUUCUUUCAACGCCAGCUCCAGCUCCAGCUCCAUCGCCGCUCCAGGUCCCACCUCCAACGCACUCGGAACAUCCGACUUCACUGUCGGCCUAUCCCAAAUGCUAAGCGAGGAGGUGAAGACUUCAUGUCUACCAUGACAUCUGUCCUCCAAUCUACUGACUUCGCCAAUCCCACAAUGCCCCCCCACAACUCGUUUGACGAAGACGGCGAUUUAAUGAAGACGGCGAUAGAAUUGUGGAGGACGAGGAUGGGGCCUGAUCGUACUGUGAUCUGAAGUACAUUUUGUUUUCGUUGUUUAUUACUGCCUUGAUUCAUGUACUAUCUGCUGUCUGUGUUUUCAUAUGCCUGUAUAUGAUUUUUUCCCUGCCGUUUCAUUUUUUCUGCCGUUUCAUUUUUUCCACUUUUAUGUUUUUUUUUCUGCCGUUUUAGACGCUGUUGUGAUGUUACUUCCGUUUGAAUAUGUUGUUAUGCUGUUACGUUGUUAUGUACUGAUGAACAAUGCAUACUGUAAUAU